AGGGCGCGGCGGAGGCUGCCGAUCCUCCGCAGCCCGCUGUCCGCCUGCCUUUUCGUCUCUAGCCGCGUGAAGUCAGCAUGAGGGAGAUCGUGCACAUCCAGGCCGGCCAGUGCGGCAACCAGAUAGGGGCCAAGUUCUGGGAGGUCAUCAGUGAUGAGCAUGGCAUAGACCCCAGCGGCAACUAUGUGGGAGACUCAGACCUGCAGCUGGAGCGCAUCAGCGUGUACUACAAUGAGGCCUCCUCUCACAAGUAUGUGCCCAGGGCCAUUCUGGUGGACUUGGAACCUGGAACCAUGGACAGCGUUCGGUCUGGAGCCUUUGGACACCUGUUCAGGCCUGACAACUUUAUCUUUGGUCAGAGUGGUGCUGGCAACAACUGGGCCAAAGGGCACUAUACAGAGGGCGCUGAGCUGGUGGACUCAGUCCUGGAUGUUGUGCGGAAAGAGUGUGAGAAUUGUGACUGCCUGCAGGGCUUCCAGCUGACACACUCACUGGGUGGGGGCACAGGCUCGGGCAUGGGCACGCUGCUCAUCAGCAAGGUGCGUGAGGAGUACCCCGACCGCAUCAUGAACACCUUCAGCGUGGUGCCCUCACCCAAAGUGUCGGACACUGUGGUGGAGCCCUACAACGCCACCCUGUCCAUCCACCAGUUAGUGGAAAACACGGAUGAGACCUACUGCAUCGACAAUGAAGCCCUCUACGACAUCUGCUUCCGCACCCUCAAGCUGGCCACACCCACCUAUGGGGACCUCAACCACCUUGUGUCUGCUACCAUGAGCGGAGUCACCACCUCCCUUCGAUUCCCCGGUCAGCUCAACGCCGACCUCCGCAAGCUAGCUGUGAACAUGGUGCCCUUCCCCCGCCUGCAUUUCUUCAUGCCUGGCUUUGCCCCACUAACAGCCCGGGGCAGCCAGCAGUACCGCGCCCUGACGGUGCCUGAGCUCACCCAGCAGAUGUUCGACGCCAAGAACAUGAUGGCUGCCUGCGACCCGCGCCACGGCCGCUACCUGACCGUGGCCACUGUCUUCCGUGGGCGCAUGUCUAUGAAGGAGGUGGACGAGCAGAUGCUGGCUAUCCAGAGUAAGAACAGUAGUUACUUCGUGGAGUGGAUCCCCAACAACGUCAAGGUGGCCGUGUGUGACAUCCCACCCCGUGGGCUCAAGAUGUCAUCCACCUUCAUUGGCAACAGCACAGCCAUCCAGGAGCUAUUCAAGCGCAUCUCAGAGCAGUUCACAGCCAUGUUCCGGCGCAAGGCCUUCCUUCACUGGUACACGGGCGAGGGCAUGGAUGAGAUGGAGUUCACCGAGGCCGAGAGCAACAUGAACGACCUGGUGUCCGAGUACCAGCAGUACCAGGAUGCCACUGCCGAGGAGGAGGGGGAGAUGUAUGAAGAUGAUGAUGAGGAAUCAGAAGCCCAGGGGCCCAAGUGAAGUUGCUUGCAGCUGGGGUGUGGGGCCAAGUGGCAGCCAGGGCCAAGACAAGCAGCAUCAGUCCCCCAGAGCCAUCUAGCUACUGACACUGCCCCCAGCUUUGCUUCCCACCAGCUCAUUAGGGCACCUUAGGGCUCCCAGGUUAAAGUCCUUCAGUAUUUAUGGCCAUCCCCACCCCAUGUGAGUCCACUUGGCUCUGUCCUCCCCAUUUUAGCCACCUCUGUAUUUAUGUUGCUUAUUUGUCUGUUUUAUCGUGGCUCCGGGCCUGAUGUUUUAUGGUUCGUUUUGUUUUUUUACUGGGUUGUGUUUAUAUUUGGAGGGGGGUAUACUUAAUAAAGUUACUGCUGUCUGUCAGAUA